CUUUACUUUUCCUUGGUGUCUACGUCACUUCUAGCAGUGCUAGUACUACUGUUUGGUGGAUUGACCUCGAGCGAUCGGCGCGGAGGAUCCUCUUUGGGUUUGGGGCUUUGGAUCGAUCGACUUGCAGGAUCGGUAAUGGCGACGGCGCAUGAGAGACGGGUGGGAGUGGCCAUGGAUUUCUCCGAGGGCAGCAAGGCCGCGCUGAAAUGGACAGUGGAGAAUGUGGUGCGCGGGGGCGACUACUUGAUACUCUUCAUGGUGGUGAAGACUGAGCUCGAAGGGAAGUCGCAGCUCUGGGAGCAAGGCGGAUCACCUCUGAUCCCCCUGUGCGAUCUGGGCGAAGGGCAGAUCUUGAAAGGCUAUGGCGUCACUCCAGACGCGGAAGUCGUGACGCUUCUGGAGCAAGUCGCGCGAGAGAAAAAUAUCGUGGUGGUGGGAAAGGUCUACUACGGUGAUCCUCGCGAGAAACUUUGCGAUGCUGCCACUGAUUUCCCGCUGAGUUGCAUGGUCGUGGGAAGCCGCGGCCUCGGCCCUCUCAAACGUGCAAUCCUGGGGAGCGUCAGCAACUACGUGGUGAACACCGCCCAGUGCCCAGUUACGGUGGUGAAGCACUAGAUCAAGACCAUUGUUAUAGAACGCGUUCUCGAUCGUUAAAUCGUUAAACGCAGUGCCGUAUAUGGCGUAUUUCUUUCAA